GAUGCUGAGAGCAAGUUCUUCGGUUGCUAUAACAACCUCUAGUCGUCUCAGUCGGAAUGACAUGCCGCUGACAGCUGAACAUAGUUUCAAUAAGCUACCGUUGGCAAUGUUCGUCAACAUUUAAGAAUACAUAGUUGUGUGAUGUGAUACUAGUAAAAUGGAUAGUAACCAGAGUAUGGGCACAACGGGAGACACCACCUCAACCAACAUUUAGAUGAAAACACAGCCAACACAGAACGAGCUAUGGAUACAGAUUGUGUGAGGCCUACUCUGGACCAGAGGGAAGCCACAAGUGCUACAAUGCCUCCUAAGCCGGAAGAGGGAUAUGUAAAGUGUGAGGUGCCAAAAAAUGAUCCUCCACCUGAUUUCUCAAGGAGUAAUGAUAUGGAGGGCUACGUGCUUGUGUCUCUGAGAUGUGCAGCUCUCCUACGUGGCCUGUGUAUUCUCCUUUUUGUCACUACUAUUACUAUGUCAGUGCUCUAUAAUCAGAAACCAGGGAGAAGCUUGAACGAAACGAUUUUAGAAGCUCAACUUUUAGACAUCCAGGAACAAUUGGCGACACAGAUAAAUAUGAAUGAAGAUAUCCAGGCGCAAUUAGAUGCACAGACAACUGUGAAUGCCAAUCUUACACUGCAGAUUGAAGAUCUCCAGUCCAAGAUGUCAAGCUGUUCAGGAAUCCGGCGGACUUAUGAAGGGAGGUGCUACUACUUCUCCACGGACAAGAUGAACUGGACUGACAGUAGAGACGCCUGUGAGUCCAUGGGAGGACACCUGCUUAUCCUGAACGAUACGGAAGAAAUGGAUUUUGCGACGAAUCAUGGAGCAGGAUUCUGGAUUGGCCUAUCUGAUCUUGAUGAGGAGGGCACUUUUCGCUGGGUUGACGGAACAUUGCUCACCAACAGCAACCUGACCUGGUCACCGGGCCAGCCAAACAACUGGCAGAAUCAGGACUGUGUUGUGUUUUCUGAAAGUAAUUCAUUUCUCAGUGAUGACAGUUGUGACAGCCUGCGUUUUCGAAUCUGUGAAUCAAAUUGUGAUGUUUGAGUUGAACUUCAACAUUCAGCUGCUCUCUACAGUACUGUUUUAUUUCAUUUUAAUUUGAUUUUAUUUUGAAGAUCUUCAAUGUUUAUUUGUAUGGAGAGAUUACAGUGGCUGUGACAUGUUAAAUAUCCUCAGAAAAUGGCAUAAGCAUUUUAUGAACAUGUCUUGAGAGACAGCAUAAAUGAGAUUUCCUUCA